AUGAUCCCCGACUUCUCCGGCGUGUCACUCAAGGGCAAAACUGCCAUUGUCACCGGUGCCUCUAGGGGCCUAGGUGCGGGCAUCGCCCUUCUUCUGGCCAAACGAGGCGCAAACAUCGUGGUCAACUACGUGACCGAUGGCAGCGCUAAGCGUGCCCAAGAUGUCGUGAACGAAAUCAACAACCAGAUCGGCACGAAGGCGAUUCUGUGCCGCGCAGAUGUGAGCAAGUUAGAGGAAAUCCAGUUGCUCGUGGAUGCAGCAUUGAAGAUAAGCGAAACGGGCCAGAUCGACAUUCUCAUCCACAACGCCGCCCAAGGCUUGGAGGCCAAUCUGAUGGACACCACUCCCGAGUUCUACGACCAGCACUUUAACUGCAAUGUCCGCGGCCCCAUCUUCCUCACCAAAGCGGUCGUUCCUCACAUUGCCCGGGGAGGACGCAUUGUAUUCAUCUCUUCGGCUGGAGCCCGUCUGGGUGUAAGCGGCCAAACUGUCUACGCCGCCACCAAGGCCGCCGACGAAGCCCUGGUACGUGUCUGGGCUAAGGAGCUGGGCCAGUCUCACAACAUUACCGUUAACUGCGUCAAUCCCGGACCUAUCGCUACCGAUCAAUGGUUCCAGAGCGACGAGCAGUUCAUCAAGGAGAUGCAGCCGAUGAUCGAGUCUACUCCGGCUGCUGCUCGUGUGGGUGAGGUGGAUGAUGUUGCGCCCUUGGUGGCUUUCUUGUGCAGUGAUGAUGCAAGAUGGACCACAGGAGCUUGUCUGUCGGCCAAUGGAGGGCUGUACAAUUAG